AGAAGCUUUCAGAAGAUAUGCUGCAGAGAGUCGGUGAGGGUGGCUCAUUGUCUAUAACGAUGAACAUAAUAAUUGCUCUUCUGUGUAUUCUGACAAAUCAGGUCAUAAGCCAAACCAAAGAUAUUUUUCCUGCAAAGAUCCUGGCCCAGCAGACAAUUAUAAGUGAAAACAGUGACCUUUAUGUAACAUGCACCACACUUGAGAGAAAGAAAGACUCCAAGGUUUUUAUUUAUUUGUUAAAAAAUGGGCGCGGAAUCCAGAAUCUCACCCAGAAGCAAGAUCGAAGUGACACCAAGUUCAGCAUACCCAGAGCUGGUCUUCAUCACAGUGGAAAUUACAGCUGUGUUUAUUCUCAGAAACCUUAUACACUUUCUGAAGUAGUCAAGAAAGGAGACGACAUCAUUGAGAUUCUGGUCAUAGCCAAUUUUCUCCCAGCAGAUAUUUCAAUAGUUGGGCCAUCCACUGUUCAUGAGGGAGACUAUGUUGAAUUCCAGUGCACAGUGUCUCAACACCUACAUACACUUGGUGGAUGUAAAUUUAUCUACGCUUACCUGAGGAAGAACGACAUGAUUCUCCAAGUGCAAGUCUUUAAUGUGUCUCAGAUGCUGGCAACUUUCAUCAUCGAUAGUGCAGUUUUGAAGGAUUCAGGUCCUUACAGCUGCAUAGUGCUGCCAUCAAAAUGCUUCUAUGAGCACGAGUACACAGUUCAUGGAACAAACAAUUUAUUUCUUGAGGUCAAAGUGGAUUUAAUCUCUCUUGGUUUACUGCGUUAUGGAGUGAUAACCUUGAUGGUAUUACUGGUGGCGUUUCUUUGUGGAUCAAACAACAAACAAGCAAAUGCAGACAUGCUGGAGAAAUGACGGGAUGAGAGUGGGGGAAGAUCUAGAUCAGGAGUGUCAAACUGAUUUUAUGUUGCAGGCCACACAGCCCACUAGUUAAGUGGUGCAUCAGCGUAACGUUGUGCUGACCAUUAGGGGGGUCAAGAUGUCUGUCUAAAUAAAUCUGGGUAUAUUCCCAGAUGAUUAAACAUGCAAGUAUUUUGCUGGUAAUACCUGAAAUGAGUAAAGAAAAUCAACAGCCUA